UUCAUAAGUCUACCCCAACUGAGUAUAAUCAAAACGGAAUGUCUACCACUUCGGUGAUUUUGCUGAGCUUCUUUGUGUGUGCCACCGUGGCCUUAGUUUUUCCAGAACACCAUUGCCCCGAAUAUUUUACGUAUGGCAUGGACAAAAGCGGGAGUUAUAUAGGUGUUUUCACGGCGAAUGAAGCAGGGGUUAAUAACCUGAAUUUUUUAGCGAUAUUUAAGUCGAAAAAUAUUGCUCAGAUAUCGAAAAUGGAGCCGUAUCCCAGCUAUGAUGAAGCCAUCGUAAAUAUUAACAAGGGACUUCGUGGCCAGACGUUUGUUCGAUUCAUAAAUAAUGGUAAAACGCUGCCUACACUUACUAAAUUCUACCUUAAUGAUAAGUUACUGUGCAAUACAACGAUAAAAAAUGCAUGGAGGCGUCAUUAUGUGAAAACAUCGUUUCCAUUAACCACCCAAGAAAAAAUACGAAAAGUCGAGAACACUCGGCCGAAAAUGCAUCCAAUUUUACCGGUAAUAAAACCCAGACAUUACAUCACAAAUUAAAGUUUAAUAAACAUUCGAACAAAAUUAAAAUUUUUGAAGAAAAAAAAAUUGAGUUAAUUAGAAGAUUUUGCAUUUAUAAUUUGUAUACCCAACGAUUUUAAAGAAAAUAAAAAAAAUAAAAAACAAAAAACCGCUUUAGGAACCAGAUAA